UAAACCUCUCUCUCUGUGCCUAUCUCUGUCAUCCCAUCAGCUCUCACCUCCGACACUCUCUCUCACUCGCGGGGAAUAUUUUGACUCAAUAGUUUCACUCGUCCAGCUUUCUAAUUGAAUCGAUUUUGCACGAGUAACCUUUUCGGGAGGCUCCUUUAAUAUAAUCAUCACGAUUCAGAAUGGGAAUUCAAUUCGUUGACAAGGCAGAUCUAUGGAAGAGUGCACUUAUGUUGAACCUUAAGCUCCGUGAUCGAUUUCGAAUCGCCGUCGACGAUCAUCAUGGUCGAGCGGCGGUUUUCUCACCUGAUGGUUACUUCUCUUCCACUAUCCACCGCUGGGUGACUCGAUUCCGGGACUUUCGCCGGGAAUCUCUCCCUUCUCCCCCCGCUUUCUAUCGCAGACGAGUUUCUAAAGAUUUGACGGCAGAAGAAGAGUCUGCACUUUUCCGGAUGCUUCAAGCUGUGGCUAUUCCCCUAAUUGGAAAUGCUUGUCAUGUUUUUAUGAAUGGUUUCAACCGUGUUCAGGUGUAUGGUUUAGAGAAAUUGCAUGAUGCUUUACUCAACAGACCGAAGAACAAGCCUCUUGUAACGGUUAGCAAUCAUGUUGCAUCUGUGGAUGAUCCAUUUGUGCUUGCUUCGCUACUUCCGCCUAAACUUCUACUUGAUGCCCGUAAUUUGAGGUGGACGCUUUGUGCGACAGAUAGAUGCUUUAAAAACCCUGUUACUUCUGCUUUCUUUCGUUCUGUCAAAGUUUUGCCAGUUUCUCGUGGUGAUGGAAUUUAUCAGAAGGGAAUGGACAUUGCGAUUUCAAAAUUAAACAAUGGAGGAUGGGUUCACAUCUUUCCAGAAGGCAGUCGCUCCCGGGAUGGUGGAAAGACUAUGGGCUCAGCGAAGAGGGGUAUCGGAAGGUUGAUUUUGGACGCAGAUACUCUCCCUAUGGUUGUUCCAUUUGUUCAUACUGGUAUGCAGGAUAUAAUGCCAGUUGGAGCCAGUGUUCCACGGAUUGGCAAGACAGUGACAGUGAUCAUUGGAGACCCUAUUCACUUUAAUGAUAUUCUCGGCACUGAAGGAGCCAAACACGUCUCGAGGAAACACUUGUAUGAUGCAGUCUCUUCCAGGAUUGGACAAAGGCUGUACGAUUUAAAAGCACAAGUCGAUAGAGUAUCUCUAGAACAGCAAACUAUGAUGUCACACGAUGCCAAAACAUCCUCGGACCGUGCUGCUGAGAUCUUACAUAGAGUCGAUUGGGACUCGUUUGGGAUGGGAGCACAGUUCUCAGGAGAAUCAUCAGUCAGUUGUAAACAGAUUGCUCAAAACGAUUAUCGCAUUGUUGGAUCUCCCAAAAAGGGAGUCUCAUCUGAAGGAGGGAUCAGCUCGAAGAUUAAGAAGUUCAUGGACUCUACUGAGAUGAUGGGUUUUGCGGCUAGAGAAUUGUUUAUGAACGAGUACAAGAGUCGGGGUGAAUCUGCCAAAUCCGGCCUUUAAAGGCAUGGAAAGAGUAUUUGGAAGUGAAUUUUAUGAACCGCGGAUUAGAACAACACACACACACUUGCUAGUUAAACUCGCGUUAGGAAUUUUAGUUUAGUAACGAAGCUUCUGUGCAACAACAAAUGUUCAUGUGUUGUUUAGAAUUAGAUAUUUUGUUUCAUUUCACAGAAACUCUUACCUCGCUGUUGUAAAUUAGCUUUAGUAAAUUACAAGUUUUUCGAACACA